GAACUAUGGUCACAAUUACUAUUUGUAGCUUGCUGUUUAGUUAGACAAUUAUGCAGGAUUUAAACCUUCAGUCAGAGAUUUGACACACCAAUUAGGUGUCAAAUACAUGUAAUCUCUUCUGUCAGUGGUUUGUUUAGACUAACCUAACUGAAUGUUAAAUUUCAGGAAAUGUUUAAAACAGUGAGGACCUACUUCCUGAUCUUUCUUGGAUUCUUUAAAAUCAGUGCCUGGACAGUGGAUGCAUUGUUUCCUUCUUACCGUAAAGAGGAACCAGAGGACAGGGAUGAAACUUCAUCAGAAAACAAAGAUAUCUUGAAUGUUCAAGAAAAGGAAACUGACAGAUGCAAUGUUAGAAAUCAACUGAUAGAAACAGAUUCAGAAAAGCCUUUCAACAUGUCAAGAACAGACCUGUCUGGAAUGGCAGAAUUUUACAACACAAGAGAAGAAGGCACUGAUCCAGAGGUAGAACAAGGAAUAAAAACAGUGGAUGAUGGGGAAAGCGUGUGUUUAGAUAAAGAUUUGGAUGUAUUUUAUGUCGACUUAUUAGAUGAUGAGGAAGAUGAGACUGCUUUACAUGUGGGUCAGGAAAAGGAAUACGAGAUAUCCUUCUCUGUGGAGUUACCCAGCCAGACAGAGGACUCCUACAGACAGACAGGCAGACACAAACAGGACAACAGUUUUAUCAUUCUAACAUCCUUGGAAGAAGAAAAGUUACUCAAUCAAAAGGAGAGCACUAUAUCGUCAGGGUCUGUUACGGUCUCAAGUUAUCAGCAGCACACCUAUCGCAAUCUGUUAAACAGGGUUGAGGAGGAGAGACAGAGAAAAGUGUUCUGUGAGUCCGACUUUAAUCAGUUUGACAGCUACACUAGUUUAUUUUCUUAUGACAGUCUUGGCUAUGCAGGUUUUCAAUUGAAAGAUGUUCAAGAAAAUUUAAACAUGAAAAGAGAAUUUCAUUUUUCGGAGAAAGUCAACUGCUGGGAGGAAGGUCCUUUACAUGAAACGUCAGAACAUAAAUCAAUUAAUGUGAACUUAGUUGUUGAAGACAUUACUGAAAGAUUUAAAUUUGUAGAGCCAAAAAGUAAACUCUCACCCAAAAAGUUGAAUGGAAAAGUUAGUUUUGAAGAUAAAUUUCAACAUGAUGUCAAAAAAGAAUUAGAACCAUUUUUGUGUACUAUGCUUUGUGCUUUUCUUCUGAAUCUAAGUGUAAUAGCUGCAGUCUUUACACAGUCUGAAGAUAAAGAUCUUGUAUCUCAAGUUGAGAAGAAAAAAAGGAAGUUGAACACAUCUAGAAGAGAGAAACGACAAAGGCAGAGACUUCUACGAGAAAUCAUCAACUGGCAGAUAAGUCUUAGAAGAAAUACAACUGUUAUGUAUGAUUUCCAAACCCAGAAUAUUUACCCAUCCAGAAAUGGAAACAUAAGACUACAUGAAAUUGCUAAUGAAGGCUUGGAAGGUGGUCAAGCUGAGAAUGGGAUUGUACAAAGUCGACCUGCAGAAGCGAUUCCAAGCAUAGGCGAACAGCAGAAUGGAUUACCCAAUGGCAACUCUGCAACAUUUCCCAGGUACGUAUCGGAAAGAAAUCAAACUGGGAAUAUGGACGCCAGUAGGCACUUCUACUCCAAUCCAGCAGUGGGGACAGAGAGACCUCAGGUUGACCCCCUCACCAGGUCCCUACCAGCUAUUCACACAGUGGGGCCCCAUAUGGGGGGUUUGUCUGCCAAUGAGGCCCUCCCAGGGAUAGAAGAGAGUGAGGGCUCCAGACCACUAAGCACAGAGAACAAUGCUGUACCUCCAACAGAGGAGAAAGAGUCGCAGAGAAUAACAGCGACAGAGGAGGCAGUAUCUACCCCCUCCCAGCCCUCAGUACCCCCUGAGGCAGACGGCCUAUCAAUGACGUCAACAUCUACCCCCUCCCACCCUUCAGUUCCCCCUGAAGCAGACGGCCAAUCAAUGAUGUCGACAGAGACCCUCAGUAGCUUCUUCAGCAGUGUCUCCCUGUCGUCUGUUGAGGAAGACGAGGCGUUCCGAUACGAGUGGAUCAGACUGAAGACGUUCUCCAGCUGGCCCCUGACGUCACUGUUCUCCACCGCCAUGGCUCGUGGUGGGUGGGUGGCCCUGGGGGAGGGGGACAAGGCCAGGUGUUACAGCUGCCAUGUUGUCCACCAGGGAUGGAGGAUCGGGGACAAUCCGUUAGAUUUCCACGAUAGACACUGCAGAUUUUUACAAAGUGUGUCAGAUAAUGUCCCCAUUAUUCGGGAGGAGCCUGCCCCUACCCUGAGGACAGUAGAGAGGGACCGUGAGAGACCCCCCGAGAGCUGUGAGGUAGCACCCCAGGGGAACAUGACAGGACAGUUACCCCGGCCCGAGGAGGAGAGAAACGUUGUGAUGAAUAUGAUGUCUAAAGACGUCGGCGAACCUUUCCAGGAAGAGAGGGGGAACCUUGUAGCCGUGAGCAGUAACCCUGGCAACGUAACAACUAACCUAGAGAUGUCGGAGAGACCUCCUGUUUACAAUUCAUCAUACACCUCCAGACCUACCCACCAGCUAGUCACAGCUGUGGAAUCUAACCCCAUACUGAAGCACAGCCCCUCCAAUCCCCAGGGUCACUCCACUGCUGGUCCCCCACCCCUGCCCCCCGGCAGAGAGGCCCAGUUAGAGGCACUCCGGAGGGACCCGAUGGGGAUUAACUUCGACCGCCCUAAGUACCCGUCCUACGCCAUUCUGGCUGUACGGAUCAGCUCCUUCACUGAUUGGCCGACAGCCAUGACGCAGACACCACGAGACAUGGCCCUGGCAGGGUUCUUUUAUGCUGGAUACGGCGACUACACACGCUGCUUUUUCUGUGGAGGGGGACUAAGGAACUGGGAGGCUGGGGACGACCCCUGGGUUGAGCAUGCUCGCUGGUUCAGUAAGUGUGCGUUUGUGAGACAGAAUCGUGGACAGCAGUUUAUCGAUCUUGUACUGAGACGUGCUGCUGAGAUGGAGGAACAGAGAUCACAGGAUGAUGCUGGAAACUCGCAGACAAACCCACAGACAAAUACAAAUACUAGUGAUGCAGCCCAGACCCUUGCUAAGGAGGAGAAGAUCAUGAAGUCGGCAGCCGUUAUAAGCAUCAAAGACAUGGGGUACGGCGAGGAGAUAAUUAAAACAGCCAUCACUACCAUCAAGAGCAGGCUUCCCAGAGGUAAACACAAGGUAUCUGCUCAAGAAAUCUUGGAGGUCAUAUUUGAAUUAGCAGACAACCAGAGAGCAUCAGAAAAUUCCAGCAGCCAAUCAGAAUCACAGAGAUAUGUUGACCAAUCAGAAUCCUCCUCCACUCCUGCUGUCCAAUCAGGAGCUAUCACAGAGAAUGUCACAAAUAAUGUCAGCCAAUCAAAUUCCACUAGAGAUAAAACUGACCAAUCAACAAGUGAGGAGGCUGCAGCCACAGGAACUUCAAAUGCAGCUGAAGUUGGCACUGGAGAAAGUAUUUCCAAUUUUUUAUCUAACCCUACUUAUGAUGAGCUGACGUCCCUGAGACAGGAGAACACAAGUCUUAAGGACCAGAUCGUGUGUAAGAUCUGUAUGGAGAAGAACGUGUCCAUUGCCUUCCUGCCGUGUGGUCACCUGGCCUGCUGUGCUGAUUGUGCUCCAGCCAUGAGGAAGUGUCCCAUCUGUAGGGAGUUUGUCAGGGGAACUGUCAAAACCUACCUGGUGUAAAUGUUAGGAGGGAGUUUGUCAGGGGCACUGUCAAAACCUAUCUUAUAUAAACUUUCAGAAGUCUGGGAGAUUUCAAAAGGGGUCCUCUCAAAUUUUUUUUUUAGGUCACCUAGUCAAUCGGGUGACCUAUUGCUAUCUGUUUCCAGCCGUCAGUGUGUAGCACCAUGAACCAUGCUUUGCUGUGUAUUUUGCAUCAGACCAAAACUUUAGACAUUUUCAGCUACUCAUCUUUCCCAAGGGCUUUGCAAAGAAUUCAUGUUCAGCUUUUUGGGACAGAGGGAAUGUAAGGUGAUGGUGAUGAUUUUUGAGUUAGGUAUAACAAAAUUAGGGAAAAAUUUAAAAUAGGAGAAAAAAAUAACACAGUUAUACAAGACAGGUUAUGUCACCUUCAGAAAAAAAGUGAGUCCAUCAUAUCCUUCAAGCUACCAUUUUGCUCCAGUUAGAGGUUAAUAUUAAUUGUUUGUGUCUCUUCCCAUAUACUGAUACUGUUUUUAUGUGAACAAAUACCGUAUAUCGGGGAUGUGUUAUUAAAACAA